CAGUUGUGCGACGCUUUACGACACUGCCGUACGCGGAUGCUUAUCUCUCUGGUGAGACACCGGCAGAGAGAGGGAGUGAGGCGCAGUUGUGGAGGUGCAGGGUUGAAAGAGGGAAGACGUCUAGUUCCCACCCGGUCUCUUACCGACGACAAACAACUGUGCUUCUCUCCGACAUCGACUAACUACGGCAGUAAAUGUGGACUCUAGGGUGAGGUGGAAGCGACGCGAGGGCCGGCAGCGCAUAGCACCUACGCAGGGCUGUCUAAUGUCCUCCCAAGCGGAGCUUUGAAAAGAAAGAAAAUAUAAAUAUAUAAAAAACCAACAGUGAAAAUGGAUUAUGAUUUUAAAGUGAAGCUGACCGGAGAGAGGGAACGGGUGGAAGACUUGUUUGAAUACGAGGGCUGCAAAGUUGGGAGAGGGACCUACGGUCAUGUGUACAAAGCCAAGAGAAAAGACGGGAAGGAUAAUAAGGACUACGCUCUGAAACAGAUUGAAGGGACAGGCAUCUCAAUGUCAGCCUGCAGAGAAAUCGCACUGCUACGGGAAUUGAAACAUCCAAAUGUGAUCUCACUGCAGAAGGUUUUUCUGUCACAUGCUGACCGCAAGGUGUGGCUGCUGUUCGAUUACGCUGAACACGAUCUAUGGCAUAUUAUAAAAUUCCACAGAGCCUCCAAGGCCAAUAAGAAGCCCCUGCAGCUCCCAAGGGGGAUGGUGAAAUCUCUGCUGUACCAAAUCCUGGAUGGCAUCCAUUACCUGCAUGCCAACUGGGUCCUGCACCGUGACCUAAAGCCUGCCAACAUUCUAGUAAUGGGGGAAGGGCCAGAGAGGGGGCGUGUCAAGAUAGCGGACAUGGGCUUUGCUCGGCUCUUUAACUCGCCACUGAAGCCAUUAGCAGACCUGGACCCUGUGGUGGUGACCUUCUGGUACAGAGCCCCGGAGCUGCUGCUGGGUGCCAGACACUACACCAAAGCCAUCGAUAUCUGGGCGAUUGGCUGUAUUUUUGCGGAGCUCCUGACAUCUGAGCCCAUAUUCCACUGUCGACAGGAGGACAUAAAGACCAGCAAUCCUUACCACCAUGACCAGCUGGACCGCAUAUUCAAUGUCAUGGGAUUUCCUGCAGAUAAAGACUGGGAGGACAUAAAGAAGAUGCCAGAGCACUCAACCCUGAUGAAAGAUUUCAGGAGAAACACGUACACCAACUGCAGCCUCACAAAGUACAUGGAGAAACACAAAGUCAAACCAGACAGCAAAGCAUUCCACCUGCUGCAGAAGCUGCUCACCAUGGACCCCAUUCGCAGGAUCACAUCAGAGCAGGCCAUGCAGGACCCCUACUUUCUGGAGGAACCACUCCCCACUUCUGAUGUCUUUGCGGGCUGUCAGAUACCAUAUCCUAAGCGUGAGUUCCUGACAGAAGAGGAGCCAGAGGAGAAAGCAGACAAAAAGAACCAGCAGCAGCAGGCAGGGAACAACCACACCAAUGGGGCAGGGCAUACAGGGAACCCUGACAACAGCCACGCCCAAGGCCCACCCCUGAAGAAGGUGCGAGUGGUUCCUCCCACCACUACCUCAAGUGGCCUCAUCAUGACCUCAGACUACCAGCGCUCCAAUCCACAUGCUGCCUACCAGAACCCCGGACCAAGCACAGCACUGCCCCAGAGCAGCAUGGUGUACUCGUCUACCUCCCAGCAGCCCCCACAGUUCUCCCAUCAGACACACAGAUAUUGAGGCCCUUUCCACCAGGACACAGCACCCAGGAAUAAUGAGAAGGAUCUGCUCCUUUGAGGGUGGGGUGGGGCUAGGACGGCAUGCCCCUUCUGCAAGAAAACCCGCCCCGUAAUGUUGAUCCUUAUCACAGGGAUUUUAGAACUAGAAAAAAGGAGGAGAAAAAAAGUAAAAUAAAGAGAGAAGGAGUGCUGGGAAAGUUCCGUUGUCCCAGGGACUAUGACUAAAUCAACCCUUGUAACUGGUACUUGAAAUUUUAAACGUCACAAAAUGUACUGAAGAUUGCUUCCCUCAAGGUGACUCUCUGUUGGUUCCCUGGAUUGCUCCAAAACAACACCUGAUUGGGCAACCCCCAGGGCUCUGCUCCAGCUGAACUUACUGCCCCACCCCUCCCCCUCUUCUACUCCCCCACCCUGUUUAAUUUGUUUCAGCCCCUCGGCAUUAUGGAGAAUGAAGCUGCUAUCUUGUGGGCAACAGUGAUGGAGUCCCUGUCCCUCUACCUGUAUGGAUGACAGCACUCAGUCCCUGUUGGAGUUGAUAUUACUGGGUGAUUACUGAGUACUGCACUCUUUUGUUAGGAGUGCCACUAUUGGCCUAGCCAUAGAGCCACAGAAACAACCACAGGAAACCCAGAUAUACCAUGCAUUGUACUGUACUGAAAUGUUUUACAUGGAUGAAGCAAGUAUCCUGACAAUAAAAAUUGAAAUGGUCAGUUCACGAAA